AUGGAUGUUACAUGUGAAAGUGAUGAUUUUAUUCAUCAACACCCGUUGCUAGUUGCUGAAUUUGGAAGCAGUGUGAUUUUACCCUGCUCUCACUCAGAUGACUUUAUAAACUCUGUUUCAUGGUAUAAACAUUCUUUUGGCAAGAAACCACUUCUCGUAGCAUAUUCAGAACACGGCUCUGGAAGUGUUAAAUAUCAAAAUGACUUUGACAAUUCAAAUAAAUAUCGUAUCAGAACUGGAAAUGGCUCUUUUAAUUUGACCAUCAGACACUUGGAAGAAUAUGAUUUUGCAACCUACUAUUGUGCUGUGAGAUUUUUAAACAUUGUUAAAUUUGGAGAAGGGACGAUUCUUCUACAUAAAGAGAGUGAUGGAAUAAGAAGUACCACAGUUCUCCAGCAGCCAGUAUCUGACAGACUUCAUCCAGGAGAUUCAGUGACUCUGCAGUGUUCGGUCAUCAGUCAGAUCUGUGCAGGAGAAUACAGCGUCUACUGGUUCAGACAUUCAUCAGAACAUUCUCAUACAGGACUCAUUUACACUCGUGAUAACAGGAGUGAUCAGUGUACAGAGAGAUCAGAGAACGGCUUUUCUACCCAGAGCUGUGUCUAUAGUCUCUCUCAGACUGAACUCAGAUCAUCUGAUGCUGGGAUUUAUUACUGCGCUGUUGCUACAUGUGGGAAGAUACACUUUGGAAAUGGAACUAAGUUGAUUAUUAAAGAUUUACAGUUCACGUGGAACCCAAUUACUGUAAUUCUGGCAACACUGAACAUCAUGACCUUGAUUGUGAUUACAAUUCUGCUGAUAGUGAUUCAAAAGAUCCACAUUAGAGAUACCUUGAAUCAUCCCAGAAAACAAUGGAAGCAGAUCGUGGAUACUGAUACCUUAAACCCAGAAGAGACACAAGUCCUUUAUACCCAGUCCAUCAAGCACUAGUUAACAGUAAUGAUGGGUGAAAACAUUAUUACAGCAUAUUUGUUGAGGACUGAUGAUUAUGUUGGCGAACAUGAUUUUUUUCUAAUGACUGUAAUAUUCAUAGUAUGUGUACAAGUUCACAUUUUAAUGUUGCUUUGGAUAACAGCAUCUGUUAAAUAAUCAUGAAAAUGCUGUAUUACUGGUUA